AUGAACCUUCUAGCCCGACGUAGGUUGUUAUCAACCUUGAAGGCCAGAAAACCAUCUUUAGUGAGUAAGAAAUCGCUCAUUUCGCAGAAGCCUGUAAGAGAUGUCCAUCCUGAAUUGCCUGCUAGAACGCGUUUCGCUCCAUCCCCAACAGGAUUUCUACAUCUUGGCUCAUUGCGGACUGCGCUAUACAAUUAUUUGCUUGCAAAGAACACUGGAGGGAAGUUUCUUUUGAGACUUGAGGAUACUGACCAAAAACGUCUCGUGCCAGGAGCUGAACAAGCUAUUUAUGACUCAUUGAAGUGGUGUGGAAUUGAAUAUGACGAAGGUCCUGGAGUUUGUGAUCAUAAGUAUGGACCUUAUAGGCAGAGUGAUAGGACAGAUAUUUACCGGUCGUACAUUGAGAAAUUACUUCAAGAUGGGCACGCAUAUCGCUGUUUCUGUUCUAAAGAAAGACUAGAUAACCUAAGAGACAGUGCACAAAAGUUAAAACCUCCUACUACGGUAAGCUACGACCGGCAUUGUGAGGGUCUAUCCGAAGGGGAAAUAGAAAAACGAUUACAGCAGGGAAUCCCGUAUACUAUACGUUUCAAGUCACCUUCUAAAUACCCUGUGUUUGAUGAUCUACUUCACGGAGUGUUGGAUAUGCAGCCACAAGUCAAUUCUAGUGAUGUGAGGUAUGACGAUCCCAUUCUUUUGAAAUCUGAUGGGCUACCAACUUACCACUUCGCCAAUGUUGUUGAUGACCAUUUGAUGAAAAUUACUCACGUUAUAAGGGGGGAAGAAUGGUUGCCAUCAACACCAAAACAUAUUGCUCUCUAUAAAGCGUUUGGCUGGGAGCACCCGCAGUAUGUUCAUAUUCCACUGCUCACGUCGAGCAGUGAUAAGAAGCUAAGUAAGCGAAAAGGUGAUGCAGACGUCCUUAAUCUCAGGGCCAAAGGCGUUCUGCCCGAAGCAUUGGUUAAUUUUAGCGUCCUUUUCGGAUGGUCUCCCCCUAGAGAUCUAGCCUCGAUGAAUCACGAGUGUUUCUCGUUGAAAGAGUUGACAGGGCUGUUUAAUUUAAAUCAUCUGACAAAAGGCAAUGCAAAAGUCGACGAGAAAAAGCUGUGGUAUUUUAAUAAGCACUACAUAUCCCAGCGUUUGGAAAACGAAACUCAGUUCCAAGUUAUCUCACGUGAGGCAUCCGAACUCGUCCAAAUGAAAUAUCCUAACAUAACCUUGGAAUACGUUCAAAAAGUUCUCAGGAUCGUUGGUAAAUCCUUGGAGACUAUAAAUGAGUUUCCAGACAAGUUUUACUACUUUUUUGAGGAACCUAAGUAUCAUGACAGCGACUUUGUUUCAAAUUUCAAAGAUUCUCACGAUAUUAAUGAGGUAAAACUGAUCUUGAAGCAAAUUCGUGGAAAAAUUUCGGAUAAUAACAUCAACACGCUGGUUAACAGCGCAGUUCAGUCUAGCGGGCUCUCCAAAAGAGCUGUUUUUGAGACCAUUAGAUUUGCUUUGGCAGGAUCCGUCCCCGGUGUUAAGCUCCCAGUACUUGCGCAGCUUCUUGGCGAUGCGGAAAGCAACAGAAGAAUAGAGAAAGCCUUGCAAGAAUUAUAG